UGCAAAUCACCCAGUGUAGGGGCUGGUGAGGUGGGGACCAUGGUUCCUCUGUACAAGGACAACGAGGAGGACAUCUGUCCCAUCUGCCUGGAUCCCGUGAAGGAGGCUGUGAGGACAGACUGCGGCCACCUCUUCUGCCGAAUGUGCCUGACCCAGCACAUGGAUAAGGCCUCAGUCUCUGGGGUCCUCAGCUGCCUAGUGUGCAGGAAGCCCUAUUCUGAGGGGGUCCAUGGGGACUGUUAUAUCUGCUUCAGCCACCAGAAGAGGGUGUGCAUGUUCUGUGAGGCAAGCAGACAUCUCCUGUGUGUGGAAUGCCUCAAGUCCCCCGAAUACCAGGCCCAUGCUGAGCUCUCCAUUGAAAAUGCCAUCAGCCACUACAAGGUAAGGCUGUGCCACCCCCACCUGACCCUGCCACUGGCUCCACGAGUUACUUCUUCUAAGCCUGGUUUCUCACAGAUGCUGUGACUGAC